ACAAAAUGUCAUACAACUAUUGCAUUAAAUAUACAAACACAGAUGAUAACAGUGAAAAAGAGGAUAUACUUAACGAAGCAGUAGAGUAUGCUAUAAGUGAAGAUGUUAAAAGAACACAAGAUUUGUAUAAUUUUAUUGACGAAUUUAUCAACUCGGAAGAAUACCUACAAUACAUAACAGAGAAACGAAAUAUUGCCAAAAAGAACGAAGCCACACAGUACGAUUUAAAUGAUAUAAAUGUUGCUUAUGUACAAGCAGGACAUACAAUAACCUGUUCAUUAGUUGAAGAGCAGAAAAAAAUGCACGCGUUUAAAAUUCAAUUUGAGAAAUUUACAGAGAGGCAGAAAAAUUUACAAAAAAUUAAAAACCAAGAAAACGGUAUAAAGAUAAUAAAGGAAAAAAUUCAGGCAGCAAAACAAAUUUUUGAAUGUUCUAAAGAUAACCAAGCAAAAAAAUUGAGAAAUAUAAAUAAUAAACUGUUAAACAAAUAUACUAAAAAACUAAAUAUAGAUUUAUAUUCUUUUAAAAAUAAAGCACAAGCUGAGGUUUUGGAACGAUUGAGAAACUUGGAAAGACAUAUAUAUCUGUCAAAAAAAAGAAGACAAGAAAAUCUGACGAACAUUCUAAGAAAAUUAGUUAAUGAGCAGCAGGCAAAAAAGCUAGAAAAACGUCCACAAGUUUCUGUUCCUAAAAUUCGAGAUACAGAAAGAAUUAUUAAUAAUAUGGAAAUAGUUGGCACAAAAAUAGAGUUGAUAUGUGGAGAAGAAAUUGAAAAUCAAGAAAUAAUUUCUUCCUCUAAAGAUGUAAUAAAUGAAGCAGAUAAACAAACUAUAUCUACCGAAGAAAAAACAAAAAUGAAGACAACUAAAAAGCCGGGUGCAUUAAAAGAACAAAAUAAAAAUACGACGCAAGAUAAAGAAAACAAAGAAAAAAAGAAAUCUAAAAAAGAGCUAAAGGAGCCACGGGGCAAACAUCAACAGUUUGAAUUGCCAGUAAUACCUGUAAUAAAUCCAAGAUCUAAAGUUCUCCCAGAAAAUACCACAAAAUUAUUAGAUCUAAUAGAAGAAUUCCAAAACUUUGAUGCUAUGUUGGAAGAUACAGAAAUCUGUAAAAAAGGAUAUGACAGUCAUGGCCUUAAAGAUUAUGGCUUAUUAUUAAAACAAAACGAAGUUAUAUUUAAGAAUUAUGACACGCACAAAAGUUAUUCAAAAUCGAUCCGAAUUACGAACGUUUCUACUGAGACAAGAAAAUUACGAUUUUUAAAGUUUUGGUUUGAAGAUUCAUACGAUCAACUCCUUUUCAAAAUACACCCUUUGGGAAUUAAGAAAUUAUAUCCUGGUUGCACCGCACUUUUCUACAUACAUUUUUCUCCGUACGACAGUUCUAAAUCGUAUAAUGGCAAAAUAUUUUUUUGUUCCUAUAAUACUCGAAGGCACCAAUACCAUCAACUUGAAGUAAAUUUGAACUGUCUUCCAAAAUUCGUUAAUUUACAGAUAUUACCUAAUACAAUUAAUUUUGGAAAAAUACCAAUUUGGAAAGCAGGCUAUGGGAAGAGUUUUAAAACUAUUAAGUUCAUCAAUAGAGGAACGAAACCAUGUAAACUACAUGUUAAAAAAAUACAGGAUGAUUUAGAAAUAGAGGACAACCUAAAACAUGAUAAUUCCAGAAACAUAGAUGAAAACUUAAAAUCCCAAAAAAAAACACUUAACGGCAUUACAGAAAACGAUGAAAAUUAUGAAUGUAUUCGGUUUAUCCUAGAUCUGUGCUUAGAAAACAUAGGAAAUACCUUUGAAUUCGAAUGUACUCGAAUCACUCUCAAGGCAGCAGAAGAGAAAAAAAUUAAAGUUCAUUUCAAAAAACCUUCCUACAUUGGCAACUAUUCCGAAAAAUUUUCUGUUGAUGUUUACGAAGAUGUUCCAUAUGAAAGUUUGAAUAUAUUAUGUGGUUGCCAGGAGAUAACUGUAUUUGCUGAAACAGUUGGCCCCUUCAUUUCAGUAAAGCCCAUAUUGUUAGAUUUUGGGACAUGCCUAGUUAAUUCAUGCUAUAAAUUAUGUUUCGAAGUUUUUAACAAUUCUAAUAAUAGUCAAGCAAUAUCUAUACGUAUUCCACAAGAUUUGUGUGACAUGUUUGAAGUAAACGUUUCGACGAUUUAUCUGGCAUCACAAAGUAGUCGUGUAAUGUGGUUAAAAUUUUUCGUAUGCGAUUAUAUGCUCAAAAGCAAUUUCAGUUACUUCUGUAAAUCGACAUCAAUUUUAGAAUUCUACAUUCAUCUACAGCUCGUUAGUAAGAACUAUCUAGAUUAUCCACCACUGAAAAUACCUGUUUAUGCAAUCGUAACGAAUUCCGAUGAACUGGAUAUUUCUGCAAUAUCUACCGAAAAUAUUAAUAAUUUUUUGAAUACAAUAAUGGUGGAUUUGGGAACAUGCUCUAUCUACGAAACUGUUUAUACCGAUAUUUAUUUGACAAACAGUUCCAGUGCAACACAAACAUGUGGAUUUUUUAAUUUACCAGAUUGUGUUAAACUGGAACCCAAUUAUGGGUUUAUCAGAUUGUUUCCAAAUCGGCGUAAAAAGAUUCGAAUAUACGUUAGCCCUGAAAUUCAAGAUUAUCCAAGUUAUGGCGCGGGGAAUUUAAAAAAUAGCGUAUGCUAUUUAAAAUUAGCAAUUGAUACUGUAUAUAACGUUGGACAAUUAAAACGGGAAAUCAGCUCAAAAAAACUUCAGGGUUCCUUCGAUAUGAUGUUAAGUGAAAUAGUUAAGAAAGAUACAGAGCUAAUACAAAGUAUGAUAGGCUUUGUAGCGAAUAUUAAAAAAACAUUGUCAGCAACACCAUGGGCAGAAUUCUUUGAAAUUCAAGAAGCAAGAGAAGAGAAAACACUACAAACCGACAAUGAAACCAAAGUAGAUGAAACCACACAGUGUAAUCUUUCUGCUUUAAACAUACAAAACUUCGUUAUUCUCGAAACCAGUAGUCGUAAAGAUAUUUGGUUAAAGGUAAAUUUGAAAAGACCUCUAGUUGAAUUAUCCCAUCAACUAGUGGAGUUUCCCGACACACCUUGUGGCUCCUAUUCAACGAUGGAAAUAUUUCUCAAUAUGAUCAGAAAGAGAAUGGAACUAGAAUGCGAAACAUUAAACAAAAAGACUAAGCACAAAGAGAAUAUCACUAUACGUUUUAAUAUAUCCAGCGAUAACUCCGAAAUAUCAGUUGAACCAAGAUGUGGAAUAAUCAAAACGGGUCAAUCGAUCAAACUGACCCUACUGGCAAACCCUUUGAUACCUAAAGAUAUUCUCGAUCAGACGGCGAAAUCAAUAAAAUAUCAAGAAUUGUACGAGAUGAAAUUAAAUGAAUUUAAAGCCUCCCAGGGGAAGAAGUAUGGUAAACAAAAUAAAAACAAAUCUAAAAAAUUAUCAAUUGAAUCCACAAAAUCUAAAGGCACAGUGAAAUCUAAAGAAAGCGAAAAUUCUAAAAAGGGCAAAAAGACGACUACCCCAAAAAAGAAAAUAAAAAAUGAGAUGGAAACAGAUAAAAAAGAUGCUGAAGAAGAGCCAGUUAUUGUAAUACCAGAAAAAGAUUUAGAAUAUAGUUAUUUAGAUCUUUUUCCUGCUGAAAUGGUUUACUGGAGAAAUAUGGAACCAUAUUAUAUUAAAGCUAACUUCAUAUGUAAAACGGUCUACGAAAAUGAUGAUACAAUAAAGGAAUUUCGACUGUAUUUCCAAGCUAAUUGUAGAGUUGUUCAACCCGACUUCAUCACAAACUUAAAUCUUCAAAGGAUAGACUUUGGAAGGUGUGCAGUUGGAGGUUCUAUAUUCAAAAUUAUUACGCUUCAAAACAUAAAAUAUCAUAGUAUACAACUAAGGACGUCCCUUCUUGAUCCAUUAGGAUCAUUUUCAAUUACUUGUGUUCCAAAAUUUAAGGUUCCAGCUGAACAUUUCUUAAAUUUGCCUCUUAAAUUUUCACCACAUGCCGUUGGUCAGGUAAAUGAGUACUUUGAAAUACGAACUAAAUCAACGAUAUUACCGUUAAUUCUAAGUGGGCAAGCUGUUCCAAUUAAUGUAAAUAUAAUUCCAGAAGUUACAUUUUUCAGAUUAGAAGUGAAAGGAAAUCGCUUGGCAGAAUUACAACUGAAAAUAUCAAACUUGUCUGAAGUUGAAGUAACGUUACGAUUUAUCAAAUUGUUCGAAAUAGUAAACAAUCCGGAAGAUAUUUCUAGUAAAAACGAAGAUUUGAUAGAUAAAAUAAAAAAUAAAAAUGAUAAAAAAGAUAAGAAAGAGAAAGGUCCAAAAGGAACCAAAUUUUCAAAUGACAUCACUGAUUUAGAAAUAACCACCAUCAGAAAAAACUUUAGCAAAAGUGAAGAACCCUCACAUUUUUGUUUAAAUCAAACAGGAAAUUAUAGUUUGGAACCAAAUAGUCAGAACACAGUGACAAUAUUUUUUGGAACGCCAGAACUUUUAGAAAAACGAAAAAUGAAGAAAACAAGCGAAAAACAAAAAAAGGGUGAAAAAAAUACUAAUACAUCCGGAGAAACGGAGAGUAUCAAAAGUGAGGAGCAGAAAAAACCUAUUGCCGUUAAAAAACAAUAUAUUACUCAGUAUAAUAUAUUUGCCGGUAAUAUAUUUUUAAAAAACAUAGUCCUCAUAUGUGAUCAAAACUGAGUUAUGGUGUUAUUCAUCAUAGAAAC